AUGUCGAGUGCAACCGUCCCAACUUGGCCGAAGCACCACCAGCCGACAAGCGACGGUGGAGGUCGCAAGGGCGUCAAGCAGGGCCGUAUCAACCACUUCCGCCACCGAGAGAUUACUGCUGCUGAACGAAACCAAGAUGCGGAACUAGCCGAAGAGAUCGCUAACGAAGGCAUUACCAGCGUGAUUAGUGCGAAGAGCACGGGCAGUUUGGAGUGGCUGGGUAUUUCACGCGAGGAAUGGCGAAAGCUGCGCAGUAUCCGCGUGCCUGUGCGAGAGCUGCACUAUCUCUUCAUGUGUUUGGUGGUGCUUCUGGAGCCGCCCAUCGAACAGCGCGAUGCACGGAAAAGCAAGCCGACCCCAAAGCAACAGGAGCAGUUCGUGCCGUCCGAUUUUUCGUGGGCUCAUUGUCGUCAAGUGUUGCACAAGUCGUCGGAGUGGAGCCACCGACUGCGUGCCGUGCGUGGCAGCACGCUAGCUCCCUCUCAAGCCGCAGCAUUGCGCGCCAUCUUCCAGGAACCCACAUUCACUGAAAGCGCAUUCGUCCGAAUCGCAGCGGGUGCUGGCACCAAAAUCUUCGCUUGGCUGCAGAAACUUCUUGACGAGUACGACGAGAGAGAUCUCGGUCUCCUGCGCAUCGACAUAUUACCCGAUGUCACAUCUCAAGCAGCAGCAUCGCCAACCUCUCAAGCCGGGGAGAAAGCCUCGCCGGUUCUCCGAGCACUUCAAAACGUGGUCAAGAGCCCGAGGUCUCCAGGUCACAAGCCCCUAAAAAUUGUUGAUCCUGGUCGACUUUUCGGCCGCAACCAUGCAACUCAAUAG